CAGCAAACGACAAAGAUCGGCCCGGUGCCGCAACCACAAAAUCUUGGACCGAGAUGCAGGCGUCACGACGCGCGUUCCUUCGCAUGACGAUCCGUGCGCAUGUGUGUGCUAGACGGGUCCGUGGCACAGCUCCAUCCUUUGUGUUGCCUGGUCGCCACAUUGCUGCUCCUCGCGUAUCCCUGGCCGUGUUGAUGUCAGGAGUCUUUCUUGCGUCGACGGGUGCUGUGACUCAUGCACGGUCCCGUGAGUCUGCCGUGGCCGUGAAGGCCGAGGAGUUGUACAAUUCUCCAUCGUACAGCCGCCGCGAAUUGAUGCAGUUCCUUGAGCGAGCCGUCGAUGCAAAUCCACGAGAUGUGGGUUUGCUUUGGCGACUUGCCCGAGCUAAGUACGACGUAGCCACUCUCCCUUCAACAACGCCCGUCGAGAAGAAAACGCUAAUCUACAGAGCUCGUGAUGUAAUUCAAUCGGCGCUUGAAUUGGAUGCCAACGACUUCGCCGUGCACAAAUGGUUUGGCAUUGUGCUAUCAUCCAUCGGCGAGUUUGAAGGGUCCAAAGUCACGAUUGCCAACUCGUUCAUUGUACGAGACCACUGGCUGAAAGCUAUCGAAUUGAAUCCGUCGGACGCAACAUCGUUCAACUUGCUCGGGCGGUGGUGCUUAACCAUAGCCGACAUUUCGUGGAUCGAGCGGCAGCUUGCCGCCGCCAUCUUUGGCACCCCCCCACGCGCGACAUAUGCCGACGCCUUGGCGUAUUUCUUGCAAGCGGAUGCGAUUUCGCCCGGGUUUUGGAAAAAGAACUCGCUCCAAAUUGCCCAAACGUACCUCAAAAUGAAGGACACUGCGCAAGCUAAAGACUGGCUCGUGCGAACGCUCGCUGUGCCAGUAUCCACCCCCGAAGACAAACAAGUGCAUGACGAAGCGCAGACGUUGCUCUCCACGCUCAAGUAGAUCAUAUCCCGUACGUGAAGGACGGCAUUCCCAAAGUCCUGCAUGCGAUGGAAUCCUCAAACGUGGCACGCAAAGUUUCCGCGCUGGAUUUCAUAAAAGGAGUAGGUGUCGGUGGGCAUUUCACAAAAAGACGACCAUUUUGUGGCACGCAAAGUGAAUCGUUGGCUAAACAACAUGGUUUCGUAGCUGAAAGAGCG